AUGCAGCAAAUGAAAGCAGUCCGCGCUGUUACCGCAGGAGGUAAUAAGCUUAUGACCGAGCUUCGUGAGGAACCUUUGCCCAGCCCAGGUCAACACGAAGUUUUGAUCCGGGUUCACGCCGUCUCACUCAACUACCGAGAUGCAGUGCUACUGCGAGGCGACUACCCUGUCAAUUCCAAAGCGGAGGUGAUUCCUGUUUCCGACGGCGCCGGCGAGGUCAUCGCGGUCGGGCCAGGAGUAAGACGGGUCAAACCCAAUGAUCGGGUUGCAGUCGGUUGUUUUACAACCUGGAUUGGCGGCCCAUUUAUUCCAGAAUAUUUCCGCACGAGCGCUGGGUUUAGCAUCGAUGGAAUGCUCGCAGAGUACGUGCUCUUUCAUGAAGAUGCACUUGUACACAUUCCCGAUUAUAUGUCCUAUGCUGAAGCUGCUUCGCUUCCCUGUGCAGCAGUAACAGCGUGGACAGCACUGAAUAAAAUUGAGCCUCUUCAGCCUGGCCAGACGGUACUGAUUCAGGGAACUGGAGGUGUCUCACUGUUCGCGUUGCAGAUUGCGAAAAUCUAUGGCGCUCGUGUGCUGGCUAUUACCUCGUCUGAUACCAAAGCUGCUAGGCUGAAGGCACUCGGUGCAGAUGCUGUAGUAAACUACAACACUUCUCCAGACUGGGAUCGCGAGAUCUUGACUCUAACUGAUGGCAAGGGGGUGGACAGGACCCUUGAUAUUGCUGGAGAGAAGACUAUUCAGAAAGCCGCGGCAUGCACCAAGAUAGGUGGUGUAAUUAUUCUAAUCGGCUUUGCAAGUGGUCUUGGUGGUGGUAUCCCGCCUAUUGAUAUCAUGGCUCGGACCCUGACGUUGACUGGAUCAAUUAUCGGGUCACGACUAGAUUUUGAGGCAAUGCUUGCGGCAAUGGCAAGACAUGAGAUGAGGCCGGUUAUUGAUCAGGUGUACCCUUUUGCGGAAUACAAGGAGGCUUAUCAAAGACUGGAGAGCGGACAGCAGGUUGGCAAAGUUGUUAUUGAAGUUGUUAAUCAGACUGCUGAUUAG